AUGGAAGUGAAUCUAGUUUGUGGGAAUUUGAUGAUCUAUAAACCGCCCCAAACAAGCGAUCGGCUCAUCUUUGAGCAUGAUGAAUCACUUUGUGCCGACUUGUUGCCAAUCUACUUGGAGAUCUUAUAUAAGAAUGGAAAACUUGAGCAUUUUCUGCAACAGUGUUUGAGAUCUACUUCCACACACACCCGAGCAAACCGAAAAGCUCAAUCUCUUGCGAGUCUCGCAAAGAAAGAAAAGGCUUUCUCCCUUUUUCCCAAGUUCCUUAGCUAUAGGUCGAUCAGCCCGAAACCAUACUAUAUCGAAUCAGUGGAUUCCGAAUAG